CAAAGUGUUCCUGGUCAGUAUGAAGCGUUCACGGGUGGACAUCGGCUUGUCGAAGGAGCAAUAUGCGGAUGACGAAUCCAAGGAUGAAGUGACACACGGAUUUGGCCAGCAUGCAAAGGCGUCGGAUGAAGUGAUGCGCGGUCGACGGGUCGUCAAAGCCGUCGUGGCGUCCACACGCUUGACGGAACUCAAGCGCCACACAUAUGCGUUAAAUCAGAGCUUUUACCAAGGCAUCAAGCUGCAAUCGUCGCAGAAUGCCAAGGAAUCGUGGCUCGAAAACAUGAAGGAGUACUUGUCUUACGCGCAGGAGAUCGACGGUCGAUACGGCGACCACCGCGGCGUUUUGUUGACGUUCGGGAGCGGCGAUUGCGGCCAGCUCGGCCACGGCGUCGAGGAAGACAUCGACAUGUGCGUCAAAUUCCCUCGACCAGUUCAAGCGCUUUCCAUGCAUCGCAUCGCACGAGUUGCAUGCGGGGGCUUGCACACGAUGGCACUGACGCACGAAGGCUCCGUGUUCACAUGGGGCUGCAACGACGACGGCGCGCUCGGUCGCAUUGGCGACGAGAACCUGCCGGGUCAAGUGACUGGGUUUCCCGAGGGCACGACCAUCGUGACCAUUGUCGGCGGCGAUUGCCAUACGACCGCGGUGGCCGUGGACGGCUCUGUGUUUACAUGGGGCUCGUACAAGGACAAGGAAGGAAAGUUGUGGUGUGACGGGCCAUCUCCGAACGACACGUUCAAGAAAAAGCAGUUGACGCCAUACUUGGUGCCAACGUUGGCCAACGUUGUGGAUGUGAAGAGCGGCAGCAGCCACAACCUGGCGCGGUGUGCCGACGGCCACGUGUACUCGUGGGGGCUGGGGGAGAUGGGCAACCUGGGGCGACCCGUCUCAACCGAGAUCCGCGACGCCCACGGCGAGUACAAGCUCUCGGUGGUGUUCAACGACCACUUGACGCCGCAACUGGUCAAGCUCAACGGAAAGCCGUUCGGGUGCAAGGCCCUCGGCGCAGGCUCGUACCAUUCGCUGUUCGUGGCCAAUGAUUCCGGCGGUAUUUACAGCUGCGGCCUGAACAACUAUGGCCAGUUGGGGCUCGGCCACGAUGUCAACCAGACCGAGCUGCAGCUGGUGGAAGCCCUUGGCUCCAAGAACGGACUGUUCGUGGAAGGGGGGACCCAUCAUUCCGUGGUGCUAGUGACCGACGGCACGCUGUAUACGUUUGGUCGGGGGGAUAGCGGACAGCUAGGGACGCUCGACGAUCCCGGCACUGGAGCGUUCAAAGACAGCCCGCAAGAAAUCAAAGUACCCGGCGUCACGGGGUUCCGAGCGGUCGCGUGCGGGUCCAACCACGCCCUUGCCGUGACGGACCAAGAUGCGAUCUACUCGUGGGGAUAUGGAGACAUGCUCGCUCUCGGCAACGGCGUCGAGAAGGACGAGCUCAAGCCGCGCCGCAUCGAUUGGACCAAGACCAAGUUUGGCGCCGCCAAGAUCUUACAAGUGGCGGCCGGGGGACAGCAUAGUGCUGUGGUGGCGGAAAAGGCGACGACGACGUAGGUGCAGCACUACUGUAGGACCAAUUUACAAAGGGAAACUUCGAGUGCGGAGGUGGAAUAAUGAACAGGAAAAACCUGGUCUUACAGUUAUUGUCC